AUGUCCGUCCAUGAGCCAUCCAGCGACCUCGAACAGAGACUCGAAGAAGAAGAGGUAGCCCCCCCCCCCGCCCCCGGGGCGACAGAGCGCUUCAGGGUCCCUGAAGAAGCGACACGCAUAGUCACCAACUACAUGGACUCUUCUACCUACAAAGAGCACAAGUCCCGCGAUCCCACAUACACCGCCAUCGGCCCAGCUGUGCAAGGUGGCCUCGUCUCUGGAAAGCGAAGUGACACAAAGAGUCAUGUGCAGAUGGUCCAAGGAGACAGAUGGACAAAGGUGGAAGGGACACUCUUUGGUGCGGGGUGGUCUGUAGGGGAAGGUACCCUUCUGGAGGGGAAUUUGAUGAUCGACCCUGGGGUGGCUAUGGAACUAUCCGACCUUGAGUCAUUGGAAGAUGUCAGAAAAGAGGCUGCAUGGUACAUGCCUCCUCCAGAAGAUGAGUGA